UCAACUGCCUUUAGGUUCCUAAUUUAGCAAUCAUUCUGUUGUGGUGUCAGCUUCACGUUGAAAUAUUAUAUGAUUUCAUCUGCUAUAUUGAUCAUUUGGAUGCGUUGCGUUGUUGUAAGCCAUUCUCACAAUAAGAACACUGCACUGCUUGAUUACAUUUUUUGACUGGUCUAUGGGAGUUAUUUGGUGGUAUAUGUGCCUGCACAGGAAUAUUCAUCAACUUCUAUGAUAACCAUGUCUGUGUUUAGGUCAUUUUUUAUCAUUAUGCUUGUGGGGACUUUUGGCUUCCUCUAUUGGUUCAUUUUAAAUCUUGAAAAAAAAACUUCAAAUGAUAUAAAUUCAAAAAAGGAAGUUCCGUAUAACAUAACUCCAAAAGAAAUUCUUCGCAAUGGAAAUGGUAUAAUUUUUGUGGAAACAACUGAUAGGAUGCAGCCUACAUCUUUAGAAUUAUGCGCAGUAGAGUCUGCAGCCCGGAUCUACCCAGACAGACCGAUUGCUUUCUUUAUGAAGGGUUUACCAGAUAUAAGUUCAAUAGAAGAUGAAGACAGGGCAAAAAACAGAUUCCCAACUCUUUCAUCCCAUGAUAAUAUCUACCUUUUCCCUUUGAGACUGGAAGAAGUAUUCAGAAGUACUCCACUUCUGCCAUGGUACAAAAAGGUAAAUCCUAAUAAAGAAGUCUAUUGGACUCAUGUAAGUUCAGAUGGCAGCAGGUUGGCAUUGAUUUGGAAAUAUGGAGGUAUUUAUAUGGACACUGACAUUAUCUCAAUAUGCCCUGUUCCACUAACAAACUUCUUGGUUGCUGAAGCCCCUCGUUUUUCAAGCAAUGGUGUUUUUGGUUUGUCUGCCAAUCACACAUUCUCCUGGAAAAGCAUGGAGGACUUUGUCCAGAACUAUAAUGGAGCUGUUUGGGGAUACCAAGGACCAAACCUCUUCACUCGAAUUCUUAAGAAGUUUUUUUGUGAUAUACCUGAAUUUAAGUCUAAAGAAGAUAUUAUGUGUGGGAAUAUCACCUUCACAAAUCCAGACCGCUUCUAUCCCAUACGAGGCCCAACUUGGAAGAGGUAUUUUGAAGUAUGGGAUAAAAAUCCAACAUUUAAUAGCUCAUAUGGUUUGCAUUUUUUCAAUUUUGCCAAUAAAGAGCAUUAUACUAUGGUUCCUGGAAGCAAAACAUUGGCGGAUCACCUUUAUCAACAGUACUGUCCCUCUACCUAUGAUGCUAUUAUAAGGCAUAAGAGCACCUACCUUUAGCCACUGCUUUAAACAUGACAGUAUAUCAAAAGUUGUGUCAUUCCUCAAGUCAAUUUAAUAAAAUACAAUACAAACCACACAUUUUUGCUAAUUACAUUAGUAAUCGUAAUGUGCAGUAUUUGAGGAUGAGUAUUCUUCAAGUAAUCAUCUUGCCAAUGAUUAAAGCUUGGUUUAAAAAUCA